AUCCACUCCACCAACUUUUAUCUCGACGUCUCCCUCCCUUCCUCCCUGGCACAAUCCCAAAAAGCCCAAGACCUUCCGCGUCUCUCCUGAGUCCUAGCAUUCGCUUGCAAGAUAAAGCCACCCGCUCACUCCAAAUUCAUCUUCCCUCUCUCUCUCCAUCAUUCUCUCGUUCUGUCAAUUCAUAAUACCCCCCUUACACAGUAGUAGCUCUCGCACUAUAUUCUGUUGACCCGCCCUCCCCCGCAUCCACCCACAUCAUUUGGUAUCAACACUUAUUUACUAUUGGGUUUGCAACCCCUGAGCUCUAUAAACGAAAGCAAUCAUGUAUCGUGCUUCUACCGGAGAUUUGAGCUACCAUGAUGAUCCACCCAUCCGAGGUGGUGGCGCGGAACGAUGGGAUCGUGAUAGGUUCGAACGCAUGAGGAGCCGAGGACCUCCAGGACCUCCAGGACGUGGUGGUGACGAAUUUGACCAUUACCGCUUUCAAGAGCACGACCGCUUCCCUGGAGGCCGUCGAGACGUCGACAUUCAUGAAGACAUCGACCGUCGAGGCGGCCGCGGUGCCCCGGUCAUGGAACGUGAUCGCUUCCGAGAGGAUGAGCGCUUCAGCCGGCCACGCCGAAACGAACUUUUCGAAGACCCGACUCCCUCCGAGGUGGCCAAUCGAGCACUUGCUCCCUAUCGACGCAAGAGCGUUGUCGAGAGAGAUGUUGAUCUUGCCGUCCGCCGUCCAGCCCGCCCUCAGUACAUCCGUCGACAAUCGUCUUUGGACACGUUCGACCGCCGGCCGCUUCCACGUUAUAGUGAGCAUGAUCGACGAGAAAUCGAUCACCGCGACGAAUGGAGGGCUCCAGCCAAUGUUCCAAUCCCGCUUCCCAUCCGUGAGCGUAGACGUUCACCCUCUCGCCCCGGUCGCCGCUACGAAGAAGACGAUUAUGAAGAUCUCGCUUAUGAACGACAACCCCGAAGGGACGACAGAGAAGAGUUCCGAGAGUUUAAGGUUCGAAGGGAAAAGAGCACCCGUCGUGCACGAAGCCGGAGUCGAGCCGCGCGAAGCAUCGCUGCCCACUCUGUGCGCAGCUCGUCAUCCUCUAGCUUUGAGGAAGUCGAAGCUCCCGUCAAGCUAGCCGGACGAAAGGGCAAGACCAGGAUGCCAAAGCGAUUGGUGAAGAAGCAGGCCAUCAUCGACCUUGGUUACCCGUACGAGGAAGAAGAGGACUUCAUCAUCGUACGUCGAGCUCUCGAGAAGGAGCAUAUUGAUGAGAUAAUAAAGAGAAGCGAAAGCUACAAAGAAGAGAAAACAACCUACGUGUAUGAAGAAAGGAAAGAGGAAUUCGAAGCCCUUCCCCCGCCACCACCGCCACCACCACAGGAGGAAUACAUCGCUCCACCACCGCCUCCAUCGGUCAUUCACCAUCACCAUCAUCCUCCGCCGCCUCCUUCUGUGCACCACUCAGUGGCUCCUCCACCGCCGCCCCCACCACCGCAGAGCGUGCACUAUGCACAGUCCGUCCGCAGUGCCUCGCCGCCUCGCCAUGAGAUCUACGAAGAGCGGAUCGAGGAAUCCAACCACAUCGGAGGUCCACUGACCGUUCUCGUCCCCGAGGAGCGCAGGAUCGUUCGCACUGAACGCGACUACCGCACCGAAAGGGAAAUCAAGGACGAGAUCCGCGCCCUAGAGGCGGAGCGAAGAAUGCUCAAGUAUGAGCGUGAAGGCGAUUACGAGAUCAUUGAGCGACGAGAGCCUAAACGGGAGAUCAUCCGCGUGGAGAAAGACAGAAAGGGUAGGUUAGCCCUUGUCCGCUCGGCCCACUAGAGAAUGGAGUUGAUAUUCUGGACAGUACGAAGGGGGCCCCGGCCAGAGCUUGUUGCUGCGAUGAUGGCUACACUCACAUAAACCUCGACCCGAAGCAGUCUCCGAAGACUUUCCACCUGAUUUGGCAACACCUAUGUUCUACUAGAUUACGAAGGGACGAUAUGGCCUUCACGGUUUCUACGAUAUGUUUCUCUCAGCUCUGGCAGCAUCAUUUUCAACUUUGUGAUAAUGGUUAUGGGGACUGGGACUGGAUUGGCGCAUUUAUACAAACGGGGAUUUGCAGGGACCUCUCCAUUUUGAGAGGAAAUUGUGUCACAGUAACGAGAUAUGUAACUAAUGACUAUGACGAAAUGUUUAAAUAUCAAAUGAUUUCCACUAUU